AUGCCCGAAGUCAGCACUGCUCCGCUUAACACUAAGCGCAAGAUUGUCUGUUUCUCUGACUUUGAUGGAACUAUCUUCAUGCAAGACACUGGCCACAUCCUGUUCAACGCUUUUGGCUGCGGUACUGAACAAAGAGAAAUCCUCGAUCAACAAAUCAAGUCCGGAGAGCGUUCCUUCCGCGAUGUAUCAGAAGAGAUGUGGGGAUCCCUCAACGUCCCCUUCGAUGACGGAUUCCAAGCCAUGAAAGACGGCCUCGACAUCGACCCCGAGUUCAAGAACUUCCACCAGUUCUGCCUGAACAACAAGAUCCCCUUCAACGUCAUCUCCGCCGGCUUGAAGCCCGUCCUCCGCAGCGUCCUGGACCACUUUUUGGGAGAAGAGGCAGCUGCCAACAUCGACAUCGUUGCCAACGAGGCUGAUAUCUCGGAAGACGGAUCUUCGUGGAAGGUCAAGUGGCGUCAUGACAACGAGUUGGGUCACGACAAGGAGUUGUCGAUCAACGAGUACAAGGAGACUGCUCAAUUGGAGAGCGAAGAUGGCACUAUCCCCAUGAUUAUUUUCAUUGGCGAUGGUGUAUCUGAUCUUCCUGCUGCCCGUCACUCGGAUGUUCUGUUCGCUCGCCGUGGUCUCCGUCUGGAGGAGUACUGCAUCGAGAACCAGAUCGCCUACAUCCCCUUUGACACUUUUGCCGAUAUCCAAAAGGAAGUCAUCAAGAUUGCCAAGAUCGACGAUGAGAAGACUAAAGGAAAAGGACUUGGUUAUAACUUUAACCCAAGAGCGAAUCUUUGGAGAAGAGCAUCAUCGAAGCGAGCUAUUGCUACUUUUGCUCAGUUCACACCGAGAAACGAGGACAAGAUGUUCGUUUGGCCCGAGACCUUCACCGAGGUCAAGGCUGCUCAGGCCUAA